AUGAAGGCGCGCAUCACCGAAAACGGGACAGUCACCGACGCAUUUACAAUGGCCGAUCUAGGGAAGCAGGGUUUUUUACUCGUUCCCACUUUCUUCAGUCGCACGUCCUCUGACAUACUGGUGGACGCCUACCGUGACGACGGUCCUGGGACCUGCAUCGUCUACAGGACCGAUGGUCAGCUUCCCACUACCCGACGCAUGCAGGCCCCAAACCGUCUCUCCACGAUUACUGUCCACGAAAUCAUCUUCAUCGAGGACUGCGCUUCCAACAGCGCGACAGAAGCGGAUAUGCAGACAAGCAUGAUUCUCCUUACUGCCGGCUAUGGAGACAAUGCUUUGCCCAUCAGAACGGAAAAGACCGUGAGCAUGCACUAGGCUGCUCCCAGCAAACAACAUAAUGAGUCUUGCUUUACUGUCAGCAGCACCGAAAUGAAAAGCUGAGCAAAUACGCGUAUUUAGACAGUACACUCUCACGGAAAUAAAAAAAUCGAAGAUGAAACUGCGCAACAGAUCUCCAGUACCAGACAGUCCUUCGACCGACUGCAAGUCCCCAUGUGGGAUCAACAUGGUCACCACAUUAAAACAACGCUGAAGAUGUGCAAAACUGUCAUUUUGACAACGCUGUUAUACGGAGCAGAGGUCUCGGCAGUCUAUUAAAACAGAUGAGGAAACGCAAUCACUUUUGCCCAACUGCCGCCCGAGAAUACUGAGGCUGUAGUAACAAGAUAAGAUACUAGUCACAGCAGCCCUUGAGCAAGUCGGAAUUUCCAGCAUCGACUUCAUGCUUAAGCAACAGUAAUCGUGCUGUAGCGGCCGUGUUGCAGGAUAGAUGACGAGCGCCUGUUUUACUGUCUCUUAUGUAACGAUGUCACUACAUGUGGUGUUUGGAAAGGAGGACAACAGAGGCGCUACAAGGACACGCAAAAGAACUCCCUCAGGCACUUGCAAGUCACUCAGUUUGCCUGGAUGGACCUCUCUCAAGAUCGACUGACCAGAAGAAAAGCAGUGAAUACUAUAGCAGCGAUCCGCGAAGACAACCGAAUCGCGGCUGUUGAACUUAAAAGAGCGACCCAGAGGUCUUAAUCGCCUUCGACCAAAAACGCCCACACACAAACUCCUUCAACAGAACCACGCUGUCAGCGAACAUUCCACACAUGGACCGGCUCCGUCCGGAAUCUCCAGACCCAAUGCAACAACAUUACGACAACUCCACCCAUUGCCAACACAAACGUCUCCCGUCACCCUAGAAUCAAGCCCCAUGGAGGCGACCACCGCCACCACUGCCACCGGUGGUCAUACGCCUGCCGUUCCACGGUCGCCGCUGUCGUCGUCGUUGACGAUCACAAAACCCACCAUUUGUACCUUAACCCCUCUAUGGCGUCGACGACUGCGGCUUCUGCCAUUCACACUGCCGGUGAGAAACUUUCCAGCGCCCUGUCAACCACUACCUUCGUCACCAACGCAACCGCGGCCAUCAGUGCGGGCUCCAUCUAA